AUGAGGGUAAUAGAAGUUAUUAUUGACGGCUUCAAGUCGUACGCCGUUCGGACGGUGAUAUCGGGAUGGGAUGAGAGCUUCAACUCUAUUACCGGCCUCAACGGCAGCGGUAAAUCAAAUAUUUUGGAUGCCAUUUGUUUCGUCCUGGGUAUUACCAAUAUGUCAACAGUUCGAGCACAAAAUCUCCAAGACCUCAUUUACAAGCGAGGGCAAGCCGGCGUUACCAAAGCCAGCGUAACAAUUGUCUUUGACAACCGAGAUACCAAGAAGUCACCGAUCGGUUUCGAGGAGUAUGCAAGUAUAAGUGUCACACGCCAGAUUGUACUGGGUGGCACAUCCAAAUAUCUUAUCAAUGGACACCGAGCCCAGCAGCAAACGGUCCAGAACUUGUUCCAGUCUGUGCAACUCAAUAUCAACAACCCCAAUUUCCUCAUCAUGCAAGGACGCAUCACCAAGGUGUUAAACAUGAAAGCGGUGGAGAUACUGGCGAUGAUAGAGGAAGCUGCUGGAACUAGAAUGUUUGAGGACCGCCGAGACAAAGCACUCAAAACCAUGGGCAAGAAGGAAGUAAAACUCCAAGAGCUUCGAGAACUAUUGAAAGACGAGAUCGAACCAAAACUAGAAAAGCUUCGCACGGAGAAACGAGCAUUCCUGGAUUUCCAACAAACACAGAAUGAUCUUGAGCGGUUAACGAGGGUCGUCGUUGCCUACGAUUAUAUCCGAUGUCAAGAAAAGCUCAAGCAAUCAGCAGCAGAUCUCGAAGGCAAGAAGCAACGUCACAAGCUGUUGGAAGAGUCUUCGACUCGACUCAGGAGUGAAAUCUCGCACUUGGAAGAGGACGUCAAAAAAGUUCGAGCUCAGCGUGAAAAAGAGGUAAAGAAGGGUGGCAAAGCUGGGGCCUUGGAGGAAACAGUAAAGAAACAUGCCAAUGAGUUGGUCCGUCUUGCUACCGUGAUGGACUUAAAGAACACUAGUUUGGCAGAGGAAAAGGAGAAGAAACAGACAGUGGAAAAGACGGUAUCAGAACUAGAAACGGCCUUGGAGGACAAGACGGUAACCUUCAACAACGCCAAGGGCUCUUACGAUAAGGCGAAGGAAGACCUUGCCAAGCAGACUCAGGAGGUUGAAUCCAAAGAAGAGCUGCUGCAAACUCUUCAAACCGGUGUCGCUUCCAAAGACGGGCAGGAGAGCGGGUAUCAGGGUCAACUACAAGACGCGAGGAAUCGUGCUACGGCAGCCGCAACUGAACAGGAGCAAGCCAAAAUCAAAAUCACGCAUCUGCAAAGCCGUUUGAAGGAGGAAGAGCCACGUGCAAAGAAAGCUAAAGAGCAGAACGCCGGUCUCCUCCGUGACCUCGACGGCCUAAAAGGCCAGGUACAAAAGCUUGAGAAGGAACUGGGAACAUUGGGUUUUGAGCCCGGACAAGAAGAGGAUAUGUAUAAGCAAGAAUCGCAGCUUCAACAGACUGCCCGAAGUCUGCGCCAGGACUCCGACAAACUGAAGCGUCAAGUGGCCAUCAUAGACUUCAACUACGCAGACCCCGUGCCGGGCUUCGACCGAUCCAAGGUGAAAGGUCUCGUAGCUCAACUUUUCACUCUUGACAAGGACCAUACAAAGGCUGGUACAGCCCUCGAAAUUUGCGCCGGUGGCCGCCUUUACAACGUUGUUGUUGAUUCCGAGGUCACCGGCACUCAGCUUCUUCAGAAAGGCAAAUUGCGAAAAAGAGUCACUAUCAUCCCACUCAACAAAAUUGCUGCCUUUAAGGCAUCGGCUCAAACAAUUGCGACUGCACAAAACAUCGCGCCCGGCAAAGUUGAUCUUGCGCUUUCCCUUGUUGGGUAUGACGAAGACGUGUCCGCGGCCAUGGAAUAUGUUUUCGGAAACACUUUGGUUUGUGCUGAUGCAGAGACCGCCAAGCGUGUCACUUUUGAUCCCAAUGUUAGGAUGCGAAGUAUCACCCUGGAAGGCGAUGCGUAUGAUCCUUCCGGUACAUUGUCGGGAGGCAGUUCACCCAACUCCAGUGGCGUUUUGGUGACGCUACAGAAGUUGAACAACAUUACCCGACAGUUAAAGGAAACAGAGCAGACCCUGAAGGAACUCCAGGCAAAGAUCAACAAGGAGAAGUCAAAGCUAGACCAGGCACGCCACAUCAAGCAGGACCUGGACCUAAAAAAUCACGAGAUUAAGCUCGCAGAGGAUCAAAUCAGCAGCAACUCUUCAUCCUCGAUCAUACAAGAAGUUGAGAACAUGAAAACUAGCAUUACAGGACUUCAAAACAGCAUUGCUGAAGCCAAGUCUCGCCAGACUGAAGCCAACGCAGAUGUCAAGAGAAUUGAGAAGGACAUGAAAGAUUUUGACACCAACAAAGACGCCAAACUCGUGGAGCUGCAAAAAUCGCUGGACAAGCUGCGAUCUGGCCUCGAAAAGAACUCGGCGGCAGUCAAAAGCUUGCAAAAAGAUCACCAAAAUGCUCAGCUCGAUUUAGAGCAAGUGGGUGCCGAUCUGUCUGCUGCUCGAGAGCAGUUGCAGGAAGCCGAGCUUGGCAUUAAAGCUGCACAGCAAGAUGUUGAGAGCCUUUCAAAGCAACGAGUUGCGCUAAAGGAGACGCAUGACUCUGUCCAAGCUCAGCUGGAUGAUGAGAGAGCAAAGCUUAGCCUCUUUGACGACGAGCUGAGGUUGUCAGAAGAGGCAAUGCGUUCGAAAAACGCCCGAAUCACCGAGGAAGGUUUGGAGAUGCAGAAGCUUGGUCACCAGAUUGAGCGUUUCCAUAAGGAACAACAAGGAGCUGCCGAGAAUGUUGCGCAUCUGGAAUCAGAAUAUGAGUGGAUUCAAGACGAAAAGGACAAAUUCGGGCGAAACGGCACGCCUUAUGACUUCCAGGGCCAGAAUAUUGGCGAGUGCAAAUCCACGCUCCGGAACCUUACGGAACGUUCUCAGGGCAUGAAGAAGAAGAUCAAUCCCAAGGUCAUGAACAUGAUUGACAGCGUCGAGAAGAAGGAAGUCACUUUGAAACAUAUGAUCAAGACAGUCAUCCGUGAUAAACGGAAGAUUGAAGAAACUAUUGUAAGCCUUGACGACUACAAGAAGAAAGCUCUGCAUGAGACGUGGGAGAAGGUCAAUGGCGACUUUGGUCAAAUCUUUUCGGAACUGUUGCCAGGAGGCAGUUUCGCCAAACUCGAUCCGCCUGAGGGCAAGACUAUUAGUGAUGGUCUUGAAGUCAAAGUGUGCCUUGGUAAGGUAUGGAAACAGAGUUUAACAGAACUAAGCGGUGGCCAAAGAUCACUUGUUGCUCUCUCACUUAUUAUGGCGCUCCUCCAAUUCAAGCCUGCCCCAAUGUACAUCCUUGAUGAGGUUGAUGCUGCGCUGGAUCUGUCUCAUACCCAGAACAUUGGUCGUCUCAUCAAAACGCGGUUCAAGGGCUCGCAGUUCAUUGUUGUUAGUUUGAAGGACGGUAUGUUCCAAAACGCAAACAGAAUUUUCAGAACGAGGUUCAGUGAAGGGACAAGCAUGGUUCAAGCCUUGACUCCAGCGGAUAUGAAAUAA